GAGAGAGAGACGAGGCCGAGCAGAACUGGACUAGAACCAGGACCCGGACCUGGACCCGGACCUGGACCCGGACCCGGACUAGCCCCUGGACCCGGACCAGCCCCGGCCCACCCCCCCCGGGACCGGGACGGGCCCGUGAACCGGACUGAACCGGACUGGACCCGGACCCUCGGGAACUUUGGAAGCAGCAACGAUGCAGAGCAGAACCUCCGGCUCACCGCCAGCCGCCGCCGUUGGGACCGGCUGAGGAGGACCGGCUAACUAACCAGCUAGCUAACGAGCUAGCGUUACCCACAAGGCCUUGCAGCGGAGGAGUUUGACUGACAGUUGUUGGCGGAUCGUCGGCCCCCGCUGUGAGCUUCAACCAGCAACCCCCCCAGCAAGGGCAGCGCCCGCUAGGCAGGGCCCGCUAGGCAGGGCCCGCUAGGCAGCGCCUCCCUCCAGCGCCCGCUAGGCAGGGCCUCCCCCCCAGCGCCCGCUAGGCAGGGCCUCCCCCCAGCGCCCGCUAGGCAGGGCCUCCACCCAGCGCCCGCUAGGCAGGGCCUCCACCCAGCGCCCCGCUAGGCAGGGCCUCCCUCCAGCGCCCGCUAGGCAGGGCCUCCCCAGCGCCCGCUAGGCAGGGCCUCCACCAGCGCCCGCUAGGCAGGGCCUCCCCCAGCGCCCGCUAGGCAGGGCCUCCGCCGGCGACGCCUCAUGGCCGCGGAGCUCUAGGGCUGCCAUGGCAGCUGCUGCCGCCGAUGCCUCACGCCACAUCACCACUCUGACGCCGGAGGACGAGGGACGACGCCAAGCCGCCGCCGCCGCCGCCAAGCCGUUGGGAGGCGCCGCCGCCGCGCUGCACGGGUCCGAGCGAGAGAGAGAGAGGGGGAGAGAGAGAGCGGAGGGCGAGGGAGGAGAGCUGGGCAGAGCCGGCGGCGGGAACGAGUGUCCGGUGUGCGGCGCGUUGUUCGCCUCGCCGGAGAAGCUCCGCCUCCACGGGCCGAGUCACGGCGGGGAGAAACCCUUCCACUGCUCGCAGCCGCACUGCCCCAAGGCCUUCAGCUCCAAGUACAAGCUGUUCAGGCAUAUGGCCACACACUCCCCUCAGAAAACGCACCAGUGCUCGUUCUGUGAGAAGAUGUUCCACCGCAAGGACCACCUGAAGAACCACCUGCAGACGCACGACCCCAACAAGGAGGCCUUCAAGUGCGACGAGUGCGGCAAGCACUACAACACCAAGCUGGGCUACAAGCGCCAUGUGGCCAUGCACUCGGCCACGGCCGGCGACCUCACCUGCAAGGUGUGUCUGCAGAGCUACGAGAGCACGCCGGUGCUGCUGGAGCACCUGAAGAGCCACUCGGGCAAGUCCUCGGGCGGCGCUAAAGAGAAGAAGCAUCCCUGCGACCACUGCGACCGCCGCUUCUACACCCGCAAGGACGUACGGCGGCACAUGGUGGUGCACACGGGCCGCAAGGACUUCCUGUGCCAGUACUGCGCCCAGCGCUUCGGCCGGAAGGACCACCUGACGCGGCACGUGAAGAAGAGCCACUCGCAGGAGCUGCUGAAGAUCAAGACGGAGCCGCCGGACCUGCUGGGGCUGCUGGCGUCCGGGGGCCCGCUGGCGUCGGGGGCGUCGCCGCCGCCCUGCGGCGCCGCCGUCAAGGAGGAGCUCAGCCCGCUGAUGUGCGGCGUCAUGGCCGCCGGAAAAGACCCCAUGAUGGGCAAGUCCUUCCCCGGCGGGGGGCCCUUCCCCAUGAGCAUGUACAACCCCCACCACCACCUGCACCAGGCCAUGGCCGGCCCCCCCGGGGUGGGGGGGCCCCUGAUGGGCCCCGGGCCCCUGUACAUGGAGGCUCCGCCCAUGGCCUCCCUGCACCCGCACUCCCACCACCACCACCAUCACCACCACCACCACCACCACCACCAUUCCCCCCCGCUCACCCCCCACCACCAGCAGGGGCCCCCGGGGGCCCCGGGCCCCCCCGGCCCCCCCCAGCACCAGCAGCACCAGCCUGCACCCAAGUACCACCUGGGAUCUACCUCAUACCUGCUGGACAAGCCCCUCAAGGUGGAGAUGGAGAGCUUCCUGCUGGACCUGCAGAGCGGGCUGCCGGGCCUGCCGGGCCCCGCGGAGCCCCCCCACGCUGCUGGCUCCUCGCCCCCCAAGGAGGGGCCCCCCGGGGCCCCCCCGGAGGAGGAGCUGUGCGGGGACCCGCUGCUGUCCAAGAGCCCGGCGGUGCUGGCCGAGUCCCUGUGUGCUGCUAAUCUGGACUUCUCCCACCUGCUGGGCUUCCUGCCGCUGAACCUGCCGGCCUACAGCGCCCCCCUGAGCGCGGGAGGGGUGGUGAUGGGCUACAGCUCCUCCUCCUCCUCCUCCUCCUCCUCCUCGUCUCUGCACGCCGCCGAGCCCCACCACGCCGCCAACGCCGCCGCCGCGGCGCCUCUUACCUCUUUGCAACCGCAACCUCAGGAGCCGCAGGGCUCCGGCGGGGGCCUCGGGGGCCUCGGGCCCCUGCACCCCCUCCCCCCGGUGUUCAGCUCCGGCCUCAGCACCACCACGCUGCCUCGCUUCCACCAGGCCUUCCAGUGACAGAGAGACGCCACACGGCCUCCGGACCGGGCCCCGGGGCCCAGGGCCCCAACACGGCCCCGUGCCGGCCCUGGGGGCUCGGGCCGCUAGCUGUUAGCUCGCGCUGGGCCCCCGGGCCCCAACACGGACGCUAGGCCAGGCCCCCGGGCCUCCUCCCGCUAGCUGCUAGCUCGGCCCGGGGCCCCGGCCCCCAACACGGCCCCCAUGCCGGUCCCCGGGGGCUCAGACCGCUAGCUGUUAGCUCGGGCCGGGGCUCCUCCCACUAGCUGCUAGCUGUUAGCUCGGGCCGGGGCUCCUCCCGCUAGCUGUUAGCUCGGGCCGGGCACCCGGGCCCCAACACAGCCCUUUGGCCGGGCCCCGGGCCUCCUCCCGCUAGCCGUUAGCUGUUAGCCGGGGCUCCCCCCGCUAGCCGUUAGCUGUUAGCCGGGCCCCCGGGCCUCCCCCAGCUAGCCGUUAGCCGUUAGCUGUUAGCCGGGCCUCCCCCAGCUAGCCGUUAGCUGUUAGCCAGGGCUCCCCCUGCUAGCCGUUAGCUGUUAGCCGGGCCUCCCCCUGCUAGCCGUUAGCCGGGCCUCCCCUAGCUAGCUGUUAGCCGGGGCUCCGGACCGGGAAACUGGACAAGUUGAAGAAUUAGAGAAAAAGAAACACAAACGAACACUUAAAAGCCUUAAAUGAAAGUCGCACAAAAGCUUUUGAUUGAGCCUCACAAGGACGGUAGGAAAACCUUUGAGCUAAAAGGAAAAGGUGAGAAAAAAGAAGUUGAAGCAGCUUUUAUUUGGGCUUUUUCUCUUUUUCUAUAGAUAUAAUCUCGUAUUAACCCUUUAUUUUUGAAAUAUUUCCCUUUAUUCCCCCUUUUCUCUCCCUUCCAUCGCCUAUUUAGUAGUUUAGACGGCAGAUCGGUAGGCCACACGGCGCGGUACUGCAUACUUUCUAAAGUAAUAAUAUAAAGAAUAUCAAAGAUAAUUUAGUGGAGAUUAUUUGUCUUGUUGUGACCCAGGAAAACAUAUAGUUUGAAGUGGAUAUUUUUCUUUUAUUUUACUUUCCAAAUGUGUCAUUUUGAGUUCUGAACCACAAACACCCUCAAGCCGCCGCCGCUCUCAGACUGCACGAUUAGCCGCCGGUCGCGCCGCUAACAUCGUAACCUGGAGCUAAUCGCAGGUUUGGAGAAACGGUCCGAAGGAAGGAAAAGUAAAAGCUAACAUUGGCUGCGUUUACAUGGGAUGUUUAAUUCCUCUUAAAUUCAGAAUUAAAAUGAAAUCCGAUUUAAAAUGAGUAAAAAUGACCAUGUAAACACCUAAUUCACAAUGAAAAUGGCCAUUCCGAAUUAGACUGGUUUAUUCUGAUUUUAAAUCCCAAUAGAAUAAUUCCAGAUCAUGUUUACACUCAUUCCUCUUUAAAUGAAUCCCGGUCUUUCUUUCUGCUCGUUCCCUCCCCGUCUGUCUCCAUGAUCUUAUAUUCCACUGGGCUGGUUUUCCUAACAAAGUUUCCAGAUGCAGCAGCAGUAAACGCUGGUCAAGAGCAGCCAUUUAUUUAAUAAAUAGUUUGGAGGACCUGGAAAUUAAAUGAAAAUCAUUAGUGAUGCACCGAAAUGAAAAUUUGUGGCCGAAACCGAAACCGAAAAUAAUAAUAAACACUUGGCCGAAUACCGAACAAUACGGAACAUGGUUCUUCAGCAGUUUUUCAUUUAUUUUGCCAAUUUUUUCACCAUUGCAUAAAAUAAAUUUGAUUUAGGCUUUUAAAAGAAAAAAAUCUUUUACAAAAUUACAAGGUAGAAAAUAUUUAUUCAACAUAAAAAAAUUAAAUUUUUUUAAUUUCCAGCAUUAUGUUGUUUUGGUUCCACCUCCUGGUGAAUGUUGGUAAAAUUCUUAUGUGUUUACUUUUUGGUUGGCCAACGAUUUAUGUUUGUGGUGCAACCGUUACGGAGCGGCCAGUCUAUUUAUUUUACAACGCCGUUAUUAAUUGUUCGGUUUUUUUCCCACUUAUUCCACCGAACACCCAAAGUGUUUUUUUGCCAUUUUCGGCCGAACAAUUUCGGUUACCGAACAAUCGGUGCAUCACUAAAAAUCAAAACAAAUCCAAAAAGGAUGCUAAUAAUGUGCUCCUCCAUGUUGUUGCUAAUCGAGUAUUUUAGUGUUUCUCCCGGUACUUUAACUUCCGGUCCCCCCCCUAUCCAAUCAGAACCUUCCCAACCCCCAGACCUGGAGAGGAAUUGGAGAAAGACCAUCAAACGUGUUUCCAUGGAAACCUCAAUUCAGAAUUACUAUUUCCAUGGAAACUCCAAGGAAAAUAGUUUAAUUUGGAAUUAUUUAAUUCGGAAUAAUUAAUUCUGAAUUUAAAAAACAUCAUGUAACCGUGGCCAUUUCAACUUUAUUCACGAAAAUUGACUUUUUUCUCGACAUUUCGACUAGCACCGGUGGGCGGGGCCAACAACUAGCGAAGUUCCGGAUAGGAGGUGAAACAUCUCCUAACGAGUCUCAAGCGGUCGGCCCGGUUAGUCGGUCCAACCCGUCAACCUCAGAUCCAGCACCAGAUUUACAGAUUUAGAUUUAAAGUCAUAACUUUAAACCUGGCGUUCAGUAGUUGGUAGUAUUUCUGUUACGUCUUUUCAGAUGAAACUAUUAACUGCUACGCUCAUUUAGCGCUUUCAUCCAAAGCGACUUAGAUCUGAGAGAAAAAACUAUAAAUAAUCUUAUAGAUUUAAAAGUAAAUGAAUUUAAUCUCAUCCGUGAUCAGUGUUGACCCUGGAUGUCGUCUUCCGUUACCAUGACGACGGUAGAAUGAAGCUUCUGUAAACCCUCACCUCCGAUUUUUACCUCAUUACCAAACAGGUUUAUUUUUACAUUUUCUACAUUUCCCUCCUCGGCGUAUUGAAUUUGAAUGUUUGAAUAUUUGAGUGCUUGAGAUUCGUUCCAAACAUCCUGGGACGCGGUUUUCACUCUCGCCGCCGCCGCUAAACGACGGCGAGAGUCCGCCCUAGCAACCGUAACCAGGGACGUCCCUCGGGCCGGUCCGGUUAAUCCAGCAAAAAUCGUGGAGUCUGAAAGCGGCAAAAGAGUCAACUUUAGCCACAAGAGAGACCCUGCCUUCACAAAAGUGCUCUUUAAACAGAUUUUAAAAAUAAAUACUGAAACUGAACUUCUCCUAGAGAUUCAGUUUGGAUUAUUUUACUAAAAAAAAGAAAGAAAAAAAAUGUAGAAAAACAGACUCGCCUACUUGCUGCCAGGCCUCGUUCUGCCGCGGUAGCAGCGCCGCCUCCGGCCACCGGGGGGCCCCGGACGUCCCGGACGUCCCGGACGCCCCGGACGCCCCGGACGUCCCGGACGGGCCCCGGACGUCCCGGACGGGCCCCCCCAGCAGCGCUGGACGCCCCCCUGUGUUCCGGGCCGGCGUUACUACACCGGGUGGCUUUAACGCAGAAGAGAGAAACGUUAGCGUUAGCUUCCUGCUGGUUUCCUGUUCUGCUCCUCACAAGCACUUUCCCUCACCAGAAGGCACUUCCUCCUCCUCCUCGUAGACGUUUCCUCCUCCUCCUCCGUCAGAACCACACAUCUCUCCUCACAAACGUGCUACGAACACGAUCUUUAGGCAGUCUUUGAAAAAGAUGCAUCGCCGCCGCCACGGCGGUGAACCCUGAGAUAUGUGAAGUAAAGGAAUUACAGACGAGUCAAAAUGUUUUAAAGAAUGUUAUUGCAGUGUACGAAAUAUCUCAACGAUGAAUAUCUAAUUGCUUAUCUCAAUAAGGUGUAUUUAGGUAGACGUAUUAAGAUGCUGAUGUUUUCAUGUCUGGCAGGUUUACAUUUGUGUAUCUUGCUUGUUUUUUUGUUUUUUUUGAGCAACAAAAGGAUGAAGUUUUAGCGUUUCCCCCGAAGCUUCCGGUCGCAGCGAUUUUCACCUUUCCUACUUAUUUUAGUGGAACCAGAACCAGAACCAGGACCGUGGGAAUAUAAAUAUAUAAAACAAGCUCGUGGGCUCGUCAGAACCGCGGCCCGGAGAACCGAACCGGAGUUUCAGUUCAGCCGUUUAGAUUCAGGCCGUCGCUGGAACCACCGACGCGCUGAUUCUCACGUUUGACCCGAUAAAACCUGACACAGGAAACGCCUGAAUCCUGUCCAGAACUUCCACAGAUUCUACUGGCCACAGCCGCUACGUUUGUAGCCACAGCCGCUACGUUUGUAGCCACGGCUGCUACGUUUGUAGCCACGGCUGCUACGUUUGUAGCCACGGCUGCUACGUUUGUAGCCACGGCUGCUACGUUUGUAGCCACGGCUGCUACGUUUGUGGCCACAGCUGCUACGUUUGUAGCCACAGCUGCUACGUUUGUAGCCACAGCUGCUACGUUUGUAGCCACGGCUGCUACGUUUGUAGCCACGGCUGCUACGUUUGUAGCCACGGCUGCUACGUUUGUAGCCACGGCUGCUACGUCUGUAGCCACGGCUGCUACGUCUGUAGCCACGGCUGCUACGUUUGUAGCCACAGCUGCUACGUUUGUAGCCACAGCUGCUACGUUUGUAGCCACAACUGCUACGUCUGUAGCCACGGCUGCUACAUCUGUAGCCACAGCUGCUACGUUUGUAGCCACAACUGCUACGUUAGUAGCCACAGCUGCUACGUUUGUAGCCACGGCUGCUACGGUGUCUCAGAAACCGGGCUAGCUUCGGAUCCGGGUCUGUUUUAAACCCGAGCUCGUGCGACUCUCGGCCUGUCGUGCCGGAGAGCCGGUGACUCCGCCUUCAAUUGCCAAAAAUGAAUAAAUAAAAAACAGAAAAGGAAAAAAAAACAUAAAAAGUCCCUAGCUGAAAGCUGAACCGCGCUGCUGCUUGAUUGGCGGUCGCUAACGGCUGUAGACCACUAGAACAUGUCGGACUGAAGGUGCAGAACCAGAACCGGGACCGCGCCCCCCCCUGCUGCUUCGGUGAGCGAAAGGACGAAGGUCCGAAGACGCGGCGACGUUCGGACAGCGCAGUUAGCUGUUAGCUCGCCCGCACGAACGCGGCCUUUGACAUUCAAAGCGCCGCGCGGCGGCCGACUGCGGCGCCGAGGGAGUCGCUUAUAUCAUUAUUUGUUUUACUUGUUGUCAUAUGAUAUAUUAUUUUCUGUUUGUAUAAAACAGGACCUCGAAUAAACAACACAACACAUCACCUCAUUUUAUUUUGUUCUUACCAAAACCUCGGGAGAAGAAACGACGUUUCUGCACAAAAGCGUUCCGACGUUACGAUGCCAGUUUUAACGCCGUCGUCGCGUUAAAGAAGAAACGACAGAGCACUGAUGGAGAAGAAGUUUCUGCGCGGUCCGACUGUCGAACUUUGUCGCUAAAAUUAUUUCAUCCUCUGAUUUCAAAUUGAAUCUUAUUUAGAGGCUUUUUCCUCGUGAAUUAUCAUGAUUUUUAUUAAAAUAAUCAAACGUUAGAUUGAUCCUCAGACCUUAGCUGUUGGCACCUUCCACGAAUCUUCAGAUUCAGAUUUGAUCUCGAGCUUCGAGAAUAUUUUCAAAAAAGGAAAAAAAAAACGCCAAAUUUGUAGCAAAAUCAAAUCCAGCAUUUAUAUUUUUAUAAUAUUAAUUUAGUCCCCAAAGCUUUUGGCUGCAUUACGUUUGUCCUCCCUGGGUUUCUGUGAGCUAAUCUGAAUUCUAGCACUUUCAACCUUUAAAAAAGUAUUUUUUUCUUUGAAAUUUUCAGCUUAUAUGUUCAUAUGUUUUAAUUUUUGUAUUGAUCCUGUACGUGCCAUUAGUUUGAUGUGUAGACUUUAUCAACCUUUGUGUAUUUCCUUCUCCAGAAGAAUAACAGUAUUUUUUAUAUAUUUUCUUUCACUAAUAUCCUCUUACGUAAGAAACUCCCCCUAUGUUCUUCUUCUUCAUGGAUUUCUCCAAUCGAGCUCCUUCGCCGGCGCCGCCGACGCUAGCAGCCGCCGAGCUUCAGAGGCGCUAACAAAGCCCGCUAACGGCCCGCCGCUAACGGCCCGGCGGGUCCUGCACGUGCCCCACUUUGAGACCCGGUCGCUGCGGAAACUGGCCUAGCCUAUAACAAAGCGCUAGCAGCCGGAACGGAAUAACCGGAACGGGCCGGUCUGUCCUCCGCGGGGAGGGAGGAGCUUCGUGAUGGCUAGCGCGACCAACGAGGCCGUAGCGUUAGCGAGUCGUGUGGAAGUCCAUUAACGGUGAAUCAAUCAGUGACUUUAAGAGAAGCUAAAUCCGAACAUCUGCAGACAAAAACAACACAAUCAAAGUAGCUUUUACGACUCUUACCUCAUGGGCGACUGCGAGCAGCGUUGACUAAAGGGAACAGAAGAAUAUAUUAUUAUUGUUGGGGGGGGCGGCUGCCGUAGUCUGGAAACCUCUCUCCAGUGAACUUUUUACACGUUGGUGUCCUCUGACAUCACAGACCUCUUUACCUCCGUCUACUUUCAUACGUAGCUGCAUUUGUUCCGCCUCUCAAGUGUGUAUUUGCAAACCUGUAACCCCCCCACCCAGGGGGGGGGUGGAGGCGCUAGCUCCGCGCUAGCGCCGCGCUAGCUCCGCCCCCUUAAACCUGCCAAUCACAGUUGGUUCAGCGUCUCGUGUCGACUAUCGUCUUCAAUCAUCUUUACAUCAACAUGAGCCUGAAGAUCAAGUUAUUUCUUUAAUUAUGGCCGUGCCCUGUAGCGGCAUGAACAUAUUGCAAUCGUCCAGAAUGGCCCAAAGGCCCAAUGUUGCUAGCAUUUUGCUAACAAGCUAAAGUCGCAAAAGUCCCACGUCACACCAGCGGGUGUACAGCAUGACCCCGCAAUGAUGUGGAAGAAAAAAAUCCCCCAAAAAUAAAACACGCCCGAAAAAAUGAGGAAAAACAUGAAAAUGAAGGCGAUAUAUUAGUAUACAGAAAAGGUUUCCCUUUUCUUCUUCUUGUUAUUCCGCACGCUUUUUUCGUCCGUUAAUACGGCCCGAACCGCAACGUGCACCCACGCAUGUCAUACAUCGUUGGAUGCGUCUCCAUCGUGCCUCGAUGGGCAUUACUUUUCUCAGUCAAAAGUGUUACCGUGGCAACGCUAGAUGCCAAAAAGCAAAAAAAAAAGGCGAAGAUUCGGACGCUUAUUGCUCGGCUGAACUUUAUCGUAGAGACAUCAUUCAAAUUUAGAAAGACUCGGCCCGAUUGGCACUAACGGACCGUACAACCUCAUCAUGCUAAUUAUUACAGUUUUUGCGAUAUUUAACUUUCCGUUUAAAAAACAUUUCCAUUUUAUUUUGGACGCUUGUUGCUAGGCAACAGUUUAUCGUACAGACAUCAUUACAACAUUGACAAACCCGGGACGCGUUGUACUACAACAUAUUUCAGUCUCAUCUUGCUAGCUAUUACACUUUUUGAGAUAUUCAACUAUUCUAAUAUUCAAGCUAACGGAAAUUUGAACGCUUGUUGCUCGGCAACACGAUAUCGCAGAGACAUCGAUCCAACGUUAAAAGACUCGGGACGAUGUGGACGACGACAUACUGAGGUUUCAUUACGCUGUCGUUUACAACUUUUGAGAUAUUGAAGCCAAAUUGUCCCAUUCUAUCUUAUGGGGAUUGUUACCAUGGAAACAAAACAUGCAUUUUUAUGGGGGAGAAUAUGAAUAACUAAAUUAUCCGUAAAUGUGGCCCGAACCGUAACGUGCAACCAGGCCUUGGUUUGGUGUAUUGGCCAUUAUUAAUAACCCCAAAGAUGGCCAGAACCAGAACUCCGACAAACCGAUACCACCUUAAAACAACCAGUACCACCUUAAACACAACCAGUACCACCUUAAACCACUACAGCCCAAACCAAAGCAGCGCGACGACAAAUGGGCCGUGGAGCCCAGUUCAAAAUUUCUGGAAAUUUUCUAGUUAUUGUUAUUACUUGUGUUUAAUUAUUACACUUCUCUUCGCGCCGCCGCUAACGAAUAGUUUGCUCUUUGGGAACAUUCCUGCUCUGAUGCUGAACCAGUCCCGGCAGGUUUGGGGGGGAAGGUUUGCAUUUACCGAGGUUUUUACCAAGGUUUUUACCAAGGUUUUUACCGAGGUUUUUACCGAGGUUUCCCUUAAUGGACUUCCAGACGAGAGACGUUAAUUAACCUUGUUAACCGACCUCGUUAGGGAGUUCAGCCGCAACGACGGGUCGGGGUUUGUACGGGGAGACGGAUCUGGGAACCAGGAGGGUGGGAACCA